AUGAUCAAACUUUAAAAUUAUUUAUUAAAUCUGUUCAAUCUGAAAAUGCACGUAUUCAGCUUUUUUUAACCGAAUUCCUAGAUUUGUAUAAGAACGAAUAUACAUUAAAAAAUAUAGUUAUUUCGCGAAAAGAAAAAAUGUGGACAUUAGCUUUGGAAAUUCUAAGCUUAUUCGAAAAUCCAAAUCAGACAAUGCACAAAUUAUUACACUUUCCGCCAGAACUAAAUUCUAACAGAUAUAAUCUUUUAUUUAUGGCUUAUGAAAAAGGAAAAUUACGUAUGGAGGCUCUUUUAAAACAAGAAGUUUAUGGCACAGAGCCACGUAAUACAUACGGAAGAAGAGAUCGUGAAGUUAAUAUUUAUACUUAUGAUCAAAUUCAAGAAUUAUUUACUCAAAGAAUUACUAAAUCUAAAGUUAUGUCAUCUAAACUCAACCCAACUCCUAUCUUUGAGCCAAUAAAAAGCCCGGUUGAGAAUAGUAUUCCUGAUUUAUCUUCUUCACAAAGUAAUCAUGACAAUGAGGAAGGUAAUUUGCCAAAUUCACGAAAGAGAAAAUGUAAUUUCACACUAUCUGAUAAAUUUUCUGAAAAAAAGGCCCGGAGGGUUACAAAAGAUAAUGAAAAAAGUAUAUUAGAUGUUUUUGCUAUGAAGUUUUUAAGUUCAACGCCUACGAAUUCUGAUAUAAAUGAAGUUUUGUCUCAUCUUGAUUCAUCAUGGGAUCGUGAAAAUGUGCUACAAUAUCAUGGUGAAAAUUUUAAGAAGCAAUCUAGCAUUAGUAGUAAUUCACAACUGAACGCCUCAAAAAUAAUGAUUCAAGAAAGGUGUGCACAAUCUUCAAGUUUUGAUAUAGAUAAAGGCAGUACAAAUAAAAAAUCAAAUCCUUCAGAUGAUUCAAAUGCUUCUAUUUCUGUAGUUCAACCUUUAAACUAUGAAGAAAGUGAUUCUAAUGCAAUUGAAAAGGAUUCAGAAAAUGAAGCACAAAGGUUGGAUACUA